AUGCUGCUGCGCCUAGUUUUAACCCUGGCCGUGGCCACCACGGCCGUGCACGCUUUUUGCGGCAACGGCGUCAUUGGCAAUGGCGAGACCUGUGAUGAUGGCAAUCGCUUCAACGGCGAUGGCUGCUCCGGCGCUUGCAUGAUUGAGGAUCGAUUCACUUGCGUGGGUGGCCAAGAGGAAGGAUCACCAUCGGUUUGCCUGCCUGAUGUGCCCGACUACUGCACCCCCCGGAACCCUUUUACCACGACCACCCGUGGGCGCCCCGCUACGACCACAACAUCCACGCGUCGCCCCAUGACGACCACCGCAUCCUCCUGCCCUCCCUUUGAUCCUUGCAACUGCAAGCCCAAUGCCGAGGCUGAAAACUACUAUGAUCGUGACGGCUGCCUUCAGUGCCGUUGCGUUGCCACGGGCCCGGUCGAAACCACCACCACACGUCGUCCGGCUACCACCACCACCACUACGACGCGCCGCCCAACUACCACCACCACUACGACGCGCCGCCCAACUACCACCACCACCACGCGCCGCCCAACUACCACUACUACCACCACGCGCCGCCCAACGACGACAACUACUACUCAGGCGCCAUGCCCAACAUACGAUCCCUGCAAUUGCAAGCCCAAUGCCGAGGCUGAAAAUUACUAUGAUCGUGAUGGCUGCCUCCAAUGCCGCUGCGUUGCCACGGGCCCCAUCGAAACCACCACCACCACCACUCGUCGGCCGGCCACCACCACCACAACCACCACCACCCACGCUCCUACCACCACCACUACCACCACACGCCGUGCCCCGACGACGACGACGACCACCACACAGGCCGCACCGGAGACAACGACGACCACCACACGCCGCCCAGUCACAACCACGCGUCGCGACGACGACAAUGAUCACAACGGAGAUGAUGACGACAAUGAUGACAACGACGCUCAAUGCAAGAGCAACCCGCUUGAUUACUGCGACUGCGACUCGACUGAAAUUCCCGUCUUGAAGAUCAACAACAAGGGCUGCUUGGCUUGCAAGUGCGAAAGCCUGAACGGCGAAGAAGAAGACGACGACGAGUCUUCCAACUGCAAGCCAAACCGCUGGGAUUACUGCGACUGUGCCUUUGGUGAGGUGGCCGUGCCCAAGAUUAACAACAAGGGUUGCGAAGCCUGCAAGUGUAUCACGACCGAGGAAUAUGAGGAGCAGCGAAAUCGCCGCUCGGUCAUGGAGCAUCCCGAUGCUGAUAAGUUUGACGUGUGCAACUGCAAGGAAGAUGCCGUGAGUGUAUGGGAAUUCACCAACGAUGGCUGCGCCACUUGCUCGUGCAAGCACCCCGCACUUUGCUCGGACAGGAUCGAGCUUGCAACAGGCGACGACUGCUCGUGUGGUACCAGGGAUUGCUUUGAAUGUGAAUACCGCUUUGGCGAGCCCGGGGCUUGUCAGGUCUGCCGCCGCGGCACAAAGCUGCUUGAUGGCGAAUGCUUGGACGAGUGCCCCGAUGGCUUUGAGGUGGCAGGAUCGGGUAAACGUCAUUUGCAAUGCGUGCUAGCACCCCCAGCGCCUACUGAAAAUCCCGAUGCCAAUCCUGGCGGGCCUGGUGGCAACCCAACGCUAUUCCCUCCUACGGACGAGCCCACGGAUGAGCCCACGGAUGAGCCCACGGAUGAGCCCACUACGGAGGAAGAGACGCGCCCUCGAACCACUACCAGGGUCACGCGCGCGCCAACGACAACACAGCGUCCCGUUGUGACUACUACGAGCGCCGCCACUCGCCCGAUGACGACGGGACGUCCCGACGGUCCCACGGCCGAGGCCCCUACCGAUGAGCCCACGACGGAGGAGCCAGAUACUCGUGCGACCACUCGUGUAACGGCUCAGCCCACGCGCCCCGCCACCACUCGCCGCCCCGACGGACCAACCGAUGAGCCCACGACGGAGGAGCCAGAGACCCGCGAGACCACUCGUGCCACACGCCCUGCCACCACUCGCCGCCCUGAUGGGCCAACCAACGAGCCACCUACGGACGAGCCAACCAUGGAGCCAACGGAGGAGGCUACGGACGAGCCGACCAUGGAGCCAACAGAAGAGGCCACGGGUGAGCCGACCAUGGAGCCAACAGAAGAGGCCACGGGUGAGCCGACCAUGGAGCCGACGGGAGAGGCCACCGCCGAACCCACCAACGAGACUGAAUGUGCCUUCUUCCAACCUUGCGACUGUGCCGAUACCGAGACCGAGUUUUUGUCCGAGGAUGCCGAUGGCUGUCUGACUUGUGCCUGCCGCAACGCCAGCUGCCCACCCGUCGAGCCAUGCAGCUGUGGCGUUGAUACAUUCCCCGUCACUACCCAGGAUGAGUUUGGGUGCGAGACGUGCUCAUGCGUCAACCUGACGGGUGCUGAGAUGGCGGGUGAGAGUGCCCUUGAAGAGGAUGACUCGAGCAACGGAUCGGACAAUGGCACGGGCAUUAUCGUUGCGAUUGUUGGCGGUGUUGCCCUGGUUGUACUAGCCGUUGUGGCCGUGGUCGUGGCUCGGUCGCGUUCUCAAGCCAAGCGCGCCUCUUCGUUUGAAGCCCAGAACCUGGAGUUUGAUGAGCUUCAAUCGGGGGACGCCGUCGUGCCCAUUGCACCUGCAGCAGCUGGUUCGGAGGGCCUUGAAUACGACGAGAACAUCUAA